AUGAACCGUCUCGCGACUCGAUUGCCAUUGCGCGUCAUCCCCCAAUGCCGCCCGACGACUCAAUUCCUGCGGUUCUCGGUAGCUCCCAGUCCCAGCUUGGCUGUCCGACAGACCCGCAACUUCACCAACUCCCCAGCGCUAUACAAGAAGAAAGAAAAGGCGGGCAAGAAGGGCUCAAACUCAGACGUGGAAUCUAGUCCUGCUGCGGCCACUGAGGAUCCGUUCGACCUUUCCACCCUCAAUUCGGGUAUAUCGACUGCCAUCUCCAGACUGAAAGAUGAUCUGUCCAAGCUUCGCGCAGGCGGACGUUUCAACACUGCGACCCUCGAGGUGCUGAAGGUCCAGUUGAGCAAGGAUAGCCAGGACUCUGUCAAGUUGGGUGAUUUAGCUCAAGUUGUACCUAAGGGAGGUAGGAUGGUGACCAUCCUAGUGGCGGAGGAAGAGCACAUCAAGCCCGUUACUUCGGCGAUUGUAUCCUCGAAUCUGUCCCUGACUCCCCAGCCUGAUCCGCAUAACGCCCUUCAACUGAAUAUCCCCAUCCCUCCCCCGACCAAGGAAUCCCGAGACAAGAAUGUCCAGGCGGCGAAGCAGGCCUUUGAAAAAGCUGCUAGCGCCGUUCGCGAUUCCAGAGGCGCCAUGCACAAGCGUCUACAAGACAUGCAGAAAAAGAAGCUUGCCCGACCUGACGAUGUGCGCAAGGCUCAUGAUCAUAUGGAGAAAGCUACGGAGAAGGGCCAAAAGGACGUCAAGGAACUAUUUGAUGCGGCCAAGAAGUCCUUGGAACAGGCAUGA